UGCAAGGGAGGUAAUUUACACACAUUCAAAAUGGCCACAAAGCUGACACAAUUUAGAGAGUUCGGUAGAAAGAUUGUAGCAGUGGGAAGGAACUACAGAGCACAUGCUGCAGAGCUUGGAAAUCCGGUCCCACAGAAACCCAUCUUGUUCUUAAAACCAACUUCAUCCUACAUUACAGAGGGAGAAAAUAUCAAGAUCCCAGUUGGAUGUUCCUCUCUACACCAUGAGGUGGAGCUUGGAAUCGUCAUUGGAAAACCUGGAUCAGCGAUACCCGAACAGGAUGCUAAAAGUUAUAUUGGGGGAUACAUCCUUGCCCUGGAUAUGACGGCCCGGGAUUUUCAGGAUGAGGCGAAGAAAAAAGGUCAACCAUGGUCCCUAGCAAAAGGGUUUGAUACAUCGUGCCCAGUCAGUGGUUUUAUUGAUAAAGACAAAAUUUCAAAUCCGGAGAGUGUACGUUUGUGGCUGAAAGUGAAUGACGCUACUAAACAAGAUGGUACGACCAGUGACAUGAUCUUUAGCAUUCCCUAUUUAAUCAGUUAUAUAAGUCGUUAUUUCAAACUGGAAGAAGGGGACGUAAUUCUUACAGGAACACCAGAAGGAGUUGGGCCUGUAGCCAGUGGAGAUGUGAUUGAGGCCGGGCUAGGGGAUGUUGUAAAAAUGAAAUUUAAGAUAGAGCAGAGAAACUAGACUUUCAGGGAAGCAGUUUGUUACAUAAAUCUAUGCAAUAAUCAGGGGCUGUGAUUCAUUAUUAAUCAGGUGUUACUUUAAAACCAAUAGAGUAUUAUGAUCUCUUAAAAUUGUUAAUGGAUAUUACCAGAUGAAUAAAUAUAUAAUUAAUA